UACAGGUAUUAUGCUGCACACGGGGGCUGCAAUCAUGCACUUCUUCCUCCCGGAGAGGAUCUAACUGGAUUUACGAGACUGAGGGAGUGAAGGACAGCCUCCAUCCACCCGUUUCCUUUCCCUUUUUGACGGAUUUUGGAGGAUUGCAACAUGGCACGGAUCUCUGCAGCCUUUUCUCUCUUUCUUAUCACUGUACUUUGCGAGGGGGGCGCAGCUGAGCCGUGCCGGGGCCCGCGCUGCCUCCCCGGCCCGUGCGUCGGAGCGCAGUGCCAAGGGCGCACGGGUGCGCCCCCGCCGCGCCGGCUGCAGCCGCACCCGGCGCAGUCCAGGGCGGGACUGAGGCACCCGAACUACCAGCAGGAUGCUCUCCUGGGUCAGCACCAAGCCCAGAGGACUCCCGCAGCGGCGUACACCGUGGUCCAGCCGCAGCACGGCGGGUACGCGCAGCGCGCCGGCGCUGACGGCACCAGGAGGACCAACCCGCGCACCGUCACCGCGGAGGUCUUCCACCCCGGCUGCGCGGGGGGGUCGUGCCCCACCACGGUGUCCCACCGGCCCAGGGGUGCUGAGGGUGCAGCAGGGGGGUGUGCGGGACCGGGGUGUCCCCCCCCCCAGCAGCAGGUGUCCUCACCGGUGCGCGUCACGGAGAGAGCCGCGCAGUUCCUGGAGGACUCCGGCUCCGAGCGCGGGGCCUGGAUCCAGCUCACCUGCGACAUGAAGCCAGGGACCAACGAGGUUCCGUCCGAGGACGCCAUCGUCCUGCAGCUGCAGCUGUCCAAGAGCCAGGAGAAGCUGGUGGACGCCCUGCAGGGGCAGCAGGCCGAGGUCCGGGAGCUGCAGAGGCUGCUGGCCGAGCAGCAGGGGGCGCUGGUGAGCCAGCAGAGGGAGAUCCUGGAGCAGCAGAGGACCAUGUCCCAGCAGAUGGAGCAAGUUAAAGCGCAGUACAACAUGCUGAUGGACAGUUUCAAACAGACAUCUUUCCAGAACCUCCAGGGAGAGCAGGACAGCCCCGUGGUUUCCAUGGAUACCAUGAGUGGGGGGGUUGAAGGCCUUCAGACGCAGCAGGCUCUCUCUUUACACAAGGUGGACAUGGAGGCCAGCGUGAUGGAGGUGGGCCGGCGCCAGCGGGCCUGCGGCAGCUGUGGACCCGAGGAGUACUGCGCUUACGGCACCGGCCGGCCACGCUGUGAGAAGUGCACCGUUUGCCCUCCCGGUUUCUUCCUGGUGGCCCAGUGUUCGGUCCACGCCGACCGGAUCUGCCAGGACCGAGACGAAUGUCUUGAACUAUCUAGUUUGUGUGGAGAUCAGCAUAAGUGUCUAAACACUCCAGGAGGAUUCAGGUGUCAGGACAUGACUGUAAGAGACGCCAACUCCGGGAUGUGUGGCCGGGGCUACUUUUUCAACUCGGACAUGGACGAGUGCCAGGCCUGCAACGAGUGUGACGGCGAGUCCACGGUUUCCCCCUGCAGCUUCGUGGCCGACGCCGUCUGCGCCAGCCCUGCGGCCGGCGGCGGUGGCGGCGCCAUGUCGCAGUCCUGGGCCGGAGACCUGAGCCUGCAGGGGGCCGGGGAGAAGCAGGGGACGGAGCUCCAGAUCCAGGGAGCCGGCCGCGCCGGUCUGGUCUCCGCCAAGGACGGGCGGCUGCUCCUGCGGCAGCACGGCCUGGUCUGGCUGGACGGGACUCUGGCCGUGAGCCACGGCUGCCGCAGCUUCGUCCAGCUGUGUCUCCGCAUCAACGAGACGGAGGGCGGCGAGGGCCGCGAGCUGAGCGGCGUGCGGGUGGAGCAGCGCGAGCGGCGCUCCCUUCAGGGCGUCAGCAUCAGCGGGGUGGUGGAGGUCGCCCCGGGCCACGUCAUCUCCCUGUCCCUGCGGAGCGCCAGCCCCCACUGCAACCAGAGCGGGGAAGGCCUGCAGCUGUACGAGCCGCCGGCCGAGCCGCUCAGCCUGCUCUGGGUCUCCCACGACACCGGGGCCGUCGCCAUGACGGCGCAGGCCAUGGUCUCCGUGCAGUACCACACCAACUACCGGCCGGUGUUCAGUGUCACCUCCACCUCCGACGCGUACGUGGUGAGCCUGACGCACGACGGCCGCGGGGUCCGCUUCACGGAGAGCGGCGCCGUGCGCUUCGUCUUCCAGCAGGCGCUGUACUCCAUGGGCCAGGCGUGCGUCAGCGACGGCUUCCAGCUGGCGGCGUACCUCAACCACAACGGCACCGCCGCCGAGCUGCUGCGCGUCUUCAAGCCGGGCGUCCACUAUAGAGACACGUCCAUAUCCCUGUCCGGCGCCGCCCGGGUCGGCCCCGGGGACUCCAUCGCCUUCGAGAUCCUCUCCCCCGCUCAGUGCAACGUGCGCUUCUUCGGGGACGAGACGGGCAUCAGCCUGCUGAGUCUGUUCUGGGUCCCCGCCGCCAUCUCCUCCUCCCUGUCGGCCUCCGUGGCCAGCACGGGCCUGCCGUCCGGGGCGGUCAAAAACAAGCCUCUGUUCUUCCAGCAGACCAGCCCCCCGGUGCCCCAGAUGGGCCUCAGGGAGCGGGGCCCCGCGGGGGCCCACGUGCAGCACCCGCGGGCCUUCGUCUUCAGGGAGCGCGGCACCGUCAGCCUGGCCCUGGACCUCAAGCUCAUCCACUCCUGCAGCCUGGUCAAGGUGACCCUGCUCAGGCAGAGGGAGGCCCCGGGGUCGGGGGCGGGGGCCCCGGAGCCGGAGGGGUCCCACCCCACCCCGCUGUCCCAGCAGGUGGCCGGCCAGAUGCCCGAAGGCAGCCAGUGGACCAGCAUGAGUCUCCGGGCCUCCUUCCAGGUUCACAACGGCACGGCGGUGUUUUUCCUGCUGGACUGCGUGCGAGGACGCGUCAACCAGAUCAGCCACGAGACAGGAAGUGGGGUGUCCGUCCUGUGGGUGGCCGCCUGAUGGAGGAACGGCUCUACCUCGUCUGUUUUUACACCAGGAAGCCUGGACAUUCCCACCAGACGGAGGUCAUGGAUCAGAGGGGGGUCUGUACGCAGGGUGGGGGUCUGACUGUUGGAGGUGACGGAGGAGACGGAGGUGUACGGCCUUCUGUUUAUGAACGACACCAUUUAUACGUUGCUGAACUUUGGAAACCACCCGUAUUUACCUUUUUGUUUUACUUUUUAUUUAAGGAGGUAGCUGCUAACCCGGAGGUCAAUGAUAGCGAUGAUAAACAUGCAUCCACCUUUAGGACUCAUUUACACAACCACCUCCUCCUGUUCAUCAUUCUAGGGGCUGGAGUUUUGACACGCAGCCGCACACGCAGCCGCCAACGCAGGCGCCCACACAGCCCCCCCAUGCAGUCGUCCACGCAGCCCCCCAUGCAGUCGUCCACGCAG